CUCUGAGGGGGCUGUAGGCUCCUUUGUUGAUAUAUUCUCUUUUAUGAAAAAUCCGGAAAUGAAAGAGUUGGAAACGAUUUUUGAGCUGUCAAAAAUUCAGACGAGAAAAUUGGAUGAAGAAAUAAAUGAAGAAAUUUAUAGGGAGCAUUUGAAAAAUAAAACUCAGAAAAAUAAAAUGAAAGAAUACAAAAAUGCGGUCGUGGAAGGUGCUGGUCCCAUUGGGUUAUAUUCUACCUACAAACUUUUUCUUGGUAAGACAAGUUUUGUUGGUAUGGCAAUUAAGGGUUCUGUUAGAUAG